AUGAGCUACGGGAAGAAGGACGAGGACGCAGACGGCAGUCUGGUCAAAAUCGACCGGACCCAGGUUUUCCAAGAGGCUCGAUUGUUCAACAGUUCCCCGAUCCAGCCGCGAAGAUGCCGCGUCCUUCUCACCAAGAUCGCCCUCCUCCUCUACACGGGCGAGAAGUUCCCUACCACCGAAGCCACCACACUCUUUUUCGGCAUCUCGAAGCUUUUCCAGAACAAGGAUGCCAGCCUACGACAGAUGGUCCACCUGGUCAUCAAGGAGCUGGCUAACUCUGCCGAGGAUAUCAUUAUGGUCACGAGCACAAUCAUGAAGGAUACGGGUGGCAGCACCGACUCCAUCUACCGUCCGAACGCUAUCCGGGCGCUGUGCCGCAUUAUUGAUGCGACCACAGUACAAUCCAUCGAGCGUGUCAUGAAGACUGCGAUCGUCGACAAGAACCCCUCGGUUUCAUCUUCGGCCCUGGUGUCAUCCUACCAUCUCCUCCCGAUCGCCCGCGAUGUCGUCAAGCGGUGGCAGAGCGAGACCCAAGAGGCAGCCGCGAGCUCAAAAUCGUCAAGCGGGUUUUCCCUAGGUUUCUCGUCAUCAUCGGGUAACCUCCCGGUCAACAACUCGACCAUGGCACAAUACCACGCGAUCGGUCUCUUGUACCAGAUGCGGAUGCACGACAGGAUGGCCCUGGUAAAAAUGGUUCAGCAGUUCGGCGCCGCGGGCGCGAUGAAGAACCCCGCCGCCAUCGUCAUGCUAGUCCGCCUCGCUUCACAGCUGGCCGAGGAGGACCACCAGCUGAGAAAGCCCAUGAUGCAGCUUCUAGAUGGCUGGCUUCGGCAUAAGAGCGAGAUGGUUAACUUCGAAGCGGCAAAGGCCAUUUGCGACAUGCGAGACGUCACCGAUGCCGAAGUGACGCAGGCCGUUCACGUGCUGCAGCUCUUCCUCAGCUCCCCUCGCGCCGUCACCAAAUUCGCCGCCCUCCGCAUCCUGCACAACAUUGCGUCGUUCAAGCCCCAUGUUGUUAACGUCUGCAACCCGGAUAUCGAGCUUCUUAUCUCUAACAGCAACCGCUCGAUUGCCACCUUUGCCAUUACCACCCUGCUCAAGACGGGCAACGAAGCCAGUGUGGACCGGCUGAUGAAACAGAUUUCCGGCUUCAUGUCUGAGAUCACGGAUGAGUUCAAGAUCACCAUUGUCGAGGCGAUCCGGACGCUCUGCCUCAAGUUCCCCAGCAAGCAGGCUGGUAUGCUGCAGUUCCUCAGCGGUAUCCUGCGCGACGAGGGUGGUUACGAUUUCAAACGUGCGGUGGUGGAGAGCAUGUUCGACCUAAUCAAGUUUGUGCCGGAUUCCAAGGAAGAGGCUCUUGCGCACCUCUGCGAGUUCAUCGAAGAUUGCGAAUUCACAAAGCUGGCUGUCCGCAUCCUCCAUCUACUUGGCAUGGAGGGACCUAAGACAUCCCAGCCUACCAAGUACAUCCGCUAUAUCUACAAUCGGGUUGUUUUGGAGAAUGCCAUUGUGCGUGCGGCGGCUGUUACCGCUCUGGCCAAAUUUGGCGUAGGCCAGAAGGAUCCCGAGGUCAAGCGCAGCGUAGACGUUUUGCUUACACGGUGCUUGGAUGAUGUUGACGACGAAGUCCGUGACCGCGCGGCUCUCAAUCUCAGGCUUAUGCACGAGGAAGAUGAGUUGGCCACGAGAUUUGUCAAGAACGACAAUAUGUUCGCUCUUCCAUUCUUCGAGCAUCAACUCGUCAUGUACGUCACCUCAGACGACAAGGCGGCAUUUGACACGCCAUUCGACAUCUCAAAGAUCCCGGUCGUCACACGCGAGCAGGCCGAUGCUGAGGACAGGACGAAGAAGCUUACUGCUACCACCCCGUCCCUCAAACCGCCAAAGGUUGGCCCGACCAAGGCAGCCCCGUCGGCCGCUGAAGCGGCCGCUUCUGCUACGGCAACGGCGCAGAAGUACGCCCAGGAGCUGAUGGAGAUCCCCGAGAUGAAGGAGUUCGGCAGUGUUCUCAAAUCGUCACCGCUGGUGGAGCUAACAGAAGCCGAGACGGAGUACGUGGUUGCCGUUGUCAAGCACGUCUUCAGCGAGCAUAUUGUGCUACAAUAUGAAGUCAAGAACACGCUCCCGGACACGGUAUUAGAGGACGUGUCGGUGACGGCCACGCCAUCGGAGGAAGACGAGCUCGAAGAGGUCUUCAUUAUCCGGGCCGAGAAGCUAGCAACGGACGUCCCCGGCAAGGUGUAUGUGGCGUUCCGGAAGGUUCACGGCGAGGGUGCUCUGCCCAUCAGCACCUUCUCCAAUGUCCUCAAAUUCACGAGCAAGGAGAUCGAUCCCACAACCAACGAGCCCGAGGAGAGCGGGUAUGAGGACGAGUACGAAGUCUCCGACUUUGACCUAUCGGGCAGCGAUUAUGUGAUCCCGACCUUCGCUAGCAACUUCGCCCAUGUAUGGGAGCAAGUCGGCGCCAAAGGAGAAGAGGCGGAGGAGACAUUACAGCUGAGCGGCAUGAAGAGCAUACCAGAGGCGACCGAACAGCUAGCGAAGGCACUCUCGCUCCAGCCGCUGGAAGGCACAGACGUGCCGGUCAACCAGACUACGCACACGCUCAAGCUCCUCGGGAAGACGGUCAACGGCGGCAGAGUUGUGGCCAACGUGCGGAUGGCCUACUCUUCCAAGACGGGCGUCACCACCAAGAUCACGGUGAGGAGCGAGGAGGAGGGCGUGGCGGUCCUGGUGGUGGCGUCGGUGGCUUAA